CUCCACUGUCCAGCAGAGGGCGCCACCACUGCUCUGAGCUGCAGCUUUCGGCGUCUGUCACUGGGGGGCGCUGUCUCCCGCCUCCACCGGGGUCUCCUGACAGGAUGGCGGAGGCAGGGGAACCGGAGUCGCCCGCGGCCCAGUGCCCGGACGAGUCAUCGGAUAGCGAGCCGGAGCAGGAGCCCGGAUCCCCGCAGAAGCUGAUCCGGAAAGUGUCGACGUCCGGGCAGAUCCGCAGUAAGACGGUGUUGAAGGAGGGGACCCUCCAGAAACAGACCAGCUCCUUCCAGCGCUGGAAAAGACGCUACUUCAAGCUGAGAGGACGGACGCUGUACUACGCUCAGACCAGCAAGUCCAUCAUCUUUGACGAGGUGGACCUGACGGACGCCAGCGUGGCGGAGUCCAGCACGAAGAACGUGAACAACAGCUUCACCGUAAUCACGCCGUGCAGACGCCUCAUCCUCUGUGCAGACAACAGGAAGGAGAUGGAGGAGUGGAUGUCGGCGCUGCGCAGCAUCCAGAGCAGGCAGAAUUACGAGUCCACCCAGUACAGCAUGGACCACUUCAGCGGGAUGCACAACUGGUACGCCUGCUCCCACGCCAGACCGACGUACUGCAACGUCUGCAGGGAGGCGCUGUCAGGGGUCACGUCCCAUGGCCUGUCCUGUGAAGUGUGUAAGUUCAAAGCUCACAAGCGCUGUGCGGUCCGAGCCACCAACAACUGUAAGUGGACGACUCUGGCCUCCAUUGGGAAGGACAUCAUAGAGGACGAGGACGGCGUGUCUAUGCCUCACCAGUGGCUGGAGGGGAACCUGCCCGUCUCGGCUAAAUGCAGCAUUUGUGAUAAGACUUGUGGCAGCGUCCUCCGGCUGCAGGACUGGAAGUGUCUGUGGUGUAAGGCCAUGGUCCACGCUGCCUGUAAGGAGCAGCUGUCCUCCAAAUGUCCUCUGGGUCAGUGUAAGGUCUCCGUCAUCCCUCCAACCGCAUUGAACAGCAUAGACUCUGACGGUUUCUGGAAAGCUUCGUGUCCCCCGUCCUGCACCAGUCCUUUGCUGGUCUUUGUCAAUUCUAAGAGUGGAGACAAUCAGGGUGUGAAAUUCCUGCGGCGCUUCAAGCAGCUGCUGAACCCGGCACAGGUGUUUGACCUGAUGAACGGAGGGCCUCACCUGGGUCUGCGCCUGUUCCAGAAGUUUGACACUUUCAGGAUUCUGGUCUGUGGAGGAGACGGAAGCGUCGGCUGGGUCCUGUCUGAGAUCGACGCUCUCAUGCUGCACAAACAGUGUCAGCUGGGGGUUCUGCCCCUUGGGACCGGCAAUGAUCUGGCUCGGGUUCUAGGCUGGGGCUCAGCCUGUGAUGAUGACGCGCAGCUCCCCCAGAUCCUGGAGAAACUGGAAAGAGCUAGCACCAAAAUGCUUGACAG